AUGCCGCCUAAACCUCCUGCAAAAGGAGCUAAGAAAGCUGCCAAAAGCCAGAAAAUUGGUCGUGGAGGCGACAAAAAGAAGAAGAACCGAAGAAAGGAGAGUUAUUCGGUCUACAUCUACCGUGUUCUGAAGCAAGUCCAUCCCGACACUGGAGUUUCAUCCAAAGCUAUGUCUAUAAUGAAUUCAUUCGUCAACGAUGUCUUCGAGCGUAUUGCUGCUGAAGCUUCACGUCUCGCUCACUACAACAAACGUUCAACGAUCUCAUCCCGUGAAAUCCAGACCGCAGUACGUCUGAUUCUACCUGGAGAACUGGCCAAACAUGCUGUGUCUGAAGGUACGAAGGCUGUUACCAAGUACACCUCUAGUAAAUGA